AUGAAGAAAAGCUUCCUUCAAACGCAAGCUGAGAUGGCGCGCUUCGAUUCUGGAGUACCUCGUGAUCGUGAAGAAACCUCCGAUAACCAGAUUUCGUCACCUAUGAUUCCACACGUUGCGGACAAGUACGACCCUGAUCACCCUGAUGCAGACUGGGGAGGCUACGUGCGUCGUUCGUACAAGAAGCGCUUCUACACGAAUCAAUCAGGAGUCAAAGACAGUCUAACGUACGAUGAGAAAGGUGGCAUCAUGCCUCGUGAUGAGGCCGAAAAAUCAACAAUAUCAGGAAAGAAACUGUUUGAGCCUCAGCAGAAUCCAUCGGGCGAGCAAGUGCCUGGAAUUCCUUUUCAAAGUGCUGUCUAUCAGGUUGGACCUGGUAGCAGUGUUAGCACCAACGACUGGAAAACAUCGUAUGCAUCACAAACGUCGAUGGAGGCUACUCCCAAAGACACAUUUGUGCUAGGAACGAGACAGAAUUCACAACCCAAACGCCACGUGACGCCAAUGUAUGAGCAAGGCCGUGGGUCGCAACAAAAUUCUGCACGCACCCAAUCCCCCUCAUCAUCGUUGGGAAGUGGACAAGGAUCACCAUCGCUUAGCAAAAGUGGCAGCAGUGGAUCACUUUCUGGUCGUCGUAUUGACUCGCGUCGCUCCUUACUCGCUGGUAUUGGAAAGCUCGUUGCAGCCGAGGACCUCAACGGACUACACCCACCACCAGAACGCCAUCUACCGGAGAGCUACACAAACGCAGCAUCCAAGACACUCCUAGCAGAAAACUACCACGGGACAACAGUGGGGUACACUGGACGCCGAAACAUGUUCUGA